CCUGGAGACCGACUGGAGCUUGCAUCCGUGGAGCUCGAGCCUACGGAGACACGCCUCCACCGGCCACAAAUUCCGUUACUCGGGGAAAAACGGAUUUGACAACAUGGCGCACUUUCUGGGAAAUAACUUUAGUUAGUUCGCGACCGGUAGAGUGGGAAUAUCGCAUGAUUGUUCACUUUUUUGAGGUCCAUGAAAACAGAAUGGUUGGAGUUCCUUCCUACUACAUUGUUGUGUGAGAUCGCACUGUUUCUCUGUCCUGUUUGGGAAGCGGACUGCAUGGGAUGAAAGUUUUAAGUUGCUGCCGCUGAGUAUAAAACUAGGACAGGAUGGAGAAACAUCGACCGAUGAAAGAAAGGUUCUCACUCUUCGGCCCUCGCUCUUCUACCCGAGCCACCAACCCUCCUUCUUCGUCCUCUUCGUCCUCUACCUCUGCUCGCCCCAUCCCUCCCCCUCUCUGCCAGACAGACCCUCAUCCUUACAUCCCUCCCGGGCCAACAAUCCUUUCUAAGGCAGAGUUUCUGGAGGCAGUACGUCGCAGUAACCAGGCAUGCCAACGGGGGCAGUACAGCCUGGCAGUGCAGCUCUACGGGGAGGCCCUGUCUGCUGACCCUCAGAACUGCAUCCUGUACAGUAACCGCUCUGCGGCCCUUCUCCACCUGGGACAGUACCAGACCGCCCUGGACGACGCCCUCAAAGCCCGCCUGCUUAACCCCAAAUGGCCCAAGGCAUACUUCCGUCAGGGUGUGGCCCUGCAGUACCUUGGUCGCCAUGCCGACGCCCUGGCAGCGUUUGCCUCUGGUCUAGCGCAGGACCCCAAGAGUCUCCAACUACUGGUGGGCAUGGUUGAGGCUGCCAUGAAGUCCCCACUACGAGACUCUCUAGAACCCACCUAUCAUCAGCUGCAGAGGAUGAAGCUGGACAAGAGUCCGUUCGUGGUGGUGUGUGUGAUUGGUCAGGAGCUGCUGACCGCUGGUUACCACGGCGCCUCAGUGGUGGUCCUGGAGGCGGGGCUAAAGAUCGGCACAUGCUCUCUGAAGCUCCGAGGUUCAGUGUUCUCUGCUCUUAGCUCAGCCUACUGGUCGCUAGGCAACACAGAGAAGAGCACAGGAUACAUGCAGCAAGACCUGGAGGUGGCCAAGACGCUAGGUGACCAAUCAGGCGAGUGCCGAGCUCACGGGAACCUAGGCUCUGCUUACUUCUCCAAGGUCAACUACAGGGAGGCUUUGACCAAUCACAGACAUCAGCUGGUCCUCGCCAUGAAACUCAAGGACAGAGAGGCUGCGUCCGCUGCGCUGAGCAGCCUUGGCCAUGUGUACACAGCGAUCGCGGACUAUCCCAACGCCCUGGCCAGCCAUAAGCAGUGUGUGCUGUUGGCACGGCAGACCCAGUGCCCGCUGUCAGAGGCUCGCCAGCUGGGCAAUAUGGGCGCUGUCUACACCGCACUGGGAGACUUCACCAACGCUAUGCAGUGUCACCAGCAACACCUGGAUAUAGCUAAGACCCUGGGUAAUGGUCCUGAGGAGGCGCGGGCGUACAGUAACCUGGGCAGUGCCCACCACAGCCAGAGAGACUUUGACAAGGCUGUGUCCUACCACACCCUGGUGCUGCAGCUGGCUCAGGAGCUGGAGGACAGGACUAUACAGAUGAGGGCUUACGCCGGCCUGGGACAUGCUGCUCGCUGCAUGCAGGACUUGGAGAGGGCAGGCCAGUACCACCAGCAACAGCUGGACAUAGCGGAGGAGCUGCAGGACAGAGCUGCACAGGGACGAGCUUCAUCCAACCUGGGUAUAAUCCAUCAGAUGAAGGGGGAGUACGAUGCAGCGUUGAAGCUCCACAAGGCCCACCUGUGUUUGGUCCAGGAGCUGGGGGACUAUGCUGCUCAGGGCAGGGCCUAUGGGAACAUGGGAAAUGCCUACAACGCUCUGAGGAUGUAUGACCAAGCUGUACGCUACCACCGGCAGGAACUGCACAUAUCACUCGAGGUGAAUGACCGUCCCUCCCAGGCCUCUACCCAUGGUAACCUGGCUGUAGCUUAUCAGGCGCUGGGCGCUCACGACCAGGCUCUCCAGCACUACCUGCACCACCUGACCAUCGCACGCGAGCUACGAGACACGCAGAGCACGGCCAGGGCACUAGGUAACCUGGGUAACUUCCACUGCUGUAGAGGGGAGUAUGCCCCCGCGGUUCCGUACUACCAGCAGUACCUGACCCUGUCACCUCAGCUACAGGACCUGGAGGGAGAGGGCAAGGUCUGCCACAACCUGGCCUACACACACUACUGCUUGGGACAGUACAGGGAGGCCGUCAGGUAUUAUGAGCAGGACCUGGCACUGGCUAAAGACCUGGGUGAUAAGUUGUCCCAGGCUAAAGCCUACUGUAACCUGGGUCUGGCCUACAAAGCCCUGGGGGAAUAUAGCAAGGCUGAGGACUGUCAGAGAUACCUGCUGUCCCUGGCUCAGGCUCUGAACAACACUCAGGCAGUGUUCCGUGCCCUGGGAAACCUGGGGGAUGUGUGUGUGUGUCGGGGUGACGUGGCCGGGGCGGUGAGAUUCUACCAGCAGCAGCUCACCCUGGCUCAGGAGGUCAAAGAACACAAGAUGGAGGCUGACGCUUAUUCAGCGCUAGGCUCUGCCCACAGACUCCUCCGUCAGUACGACCUGGCCCUGUCCUUCCACCAGCAGGAGCUGUCUGCCCGCACUGCUCUAGACGACCAGCGGGGGCAGUGUGGUGCUCUGGGCCGCCUGGCAGCCGUCCACAUGGCCCUGACAGACUACCCCACAGCCUUCCAGUGUUACCAGGCCCAGCUCACCCUGACACAGGGCCUCAGAGAUGCCUGCGUGGAGGCACAGGUCCAGGGCAACAUGGGCAUCGCCAAGAUGAACAUGGGCGUCCUGGAGGAGGCCAUUGGGUAUUUUGAGCAGCAGUUGGCCAUGCUGGAGCAGCUGAGUGGGGCUGAGUGUGUGCUGGACAGAGGCAGGGCCUACGGGAACCUAGCAGACUGUUAUGACUCUCUGGGAGACUUUGAGGAAGCUAUAAAGUACUGUGAGAUGUUUCUGACUGUGGCUCAGAGUCUCAACCAUGUUCAGGACCAGGAGAGAGCCUACAGGGGACUGGGUAACGCACACAGAUCUCUAGGUAGUCUCCAGCAGGCGUUAGUGUGUUUUGAGAAGCGUCUGGUGGUGGCCCAUGAGCUGGGCGGAUCGGGAGGUGGAGAGGGAGGAAGUGGAGGAAGGAAGGCCCAGGCCCAGGCAUAUGGGGAGCUGGGAGACCUACACAGCCAGCUGGGGAAUUAUGAACAAGCUCUAUCCUGCCUGGAGCAUCAACUCAACAUCGCCUCCACCGCAGGGGACCGGGCACUAGAGGGCGAAGCGAGCGGGGCGUUGGGUGGAGUGUACCAGCUGAUGGGAGAGAAUGAGACAGCUCUACAGUGGCACCAGAGGGCAUUAGAGAUUGCGGAGGAAACAGGAAGUGUGAGGAGUCAGGGGAGGGCCUACGGGAACCUGGGAUUGACCUAUGAGGAGCUGGGAAACUACGAAAGGGCUGUGGCCUGUCAGGAGCAGCACCUGAGUGUGGCAGCGCAGAAUAAUGACCUCACAGCCAAGACACUGGCGUACGGCAGCCUGGGGAGGACACACCAUGCGCUACAGAACUACACACAGGCUGUCAUGUACCUGCAGGAAGGUCUGCGUUUAGCAGAGCAGUGUGGGAGGAGAGAGGAGGAGGCUAGGAUCCGUCAUCGUCUGGGCCUGUCACUGUGGGCCAGCAGCAACCUGGAGGAGGCCCAGAACCAGCUGUACCGAGCGUCUGCCUUGUUUGAGUCGAUUCGGCAUGAGGCCCAACUCAGCUCAGACUACAGGCUGACUCUGUUUGACCUGCAGACAUCAUCAUACCAGGCUCUCCAGAGGAUCCUCGUCAGCCUGGGUCAUUAUGACGAGGCCCUAGCCGUGGCAGAGCGGGGUCGGACCCGGGCGUUCGCCGACCUCCUGGUGGAGCGACAGCAGGGUCACCAACCCCUGACCUCUGACCCUUAUACCCCGACCCCUGACCCUUACUCCCCGGUAACCGUAGAACACAUCCUGAAUACGGUCAACAGUCAAAAGUCACUGGUGCUGUACUUCUCUCUGGCCGCAGGGUACCUCUACAGCUGGCUACUGGCACCAGGCACAGGUAUAGUGAAGUUCCAUGAGGUGUACCUGGGCGAGGGAGGAGCCGAGCUGCAGGCUUCAGAGAUCCAGGGGGGAGGAGUUAGUGGCUGCCAGACUCUGGAGCAGCACAUCACUGCAGCUAGAGAGGCUCUGGGAGUUGACGACUACUACAGCAGUGGUGAGACAGAGAGCGAAGCGGGUGAUCUGUUGGAACAGCAGUUUGAGGAACGGCUGAGCUCAGCCAGCGACCCGACAGGCUACCUACGCAUGGUUUCCAGAAACAACCUCUUCAACAGGGAUAGUAGGAGUUCUUCCUGUCUGGUCAGUUCUACAGUGUCUCCAGUGAGCGAGACCCCCUCUCUACCCUGUAGACCCCCACCCAGCCCCCUCGGCAAACCCCCCCUACGAGCACUUCACCACCUGCUCAUUGCACCUAUGGAGGGGGUGCUGAUGCCCAGUAGUGGUGCAGUGGGCAGACAUAGACAGCUGGUGUUGGUGUUAGAGGGAGAGCUGUACCUGGUUCCCUUCGCUCUGCUCAAAGGUAGCUCUUCUAAUGAGUACCUGUAUGAGAGGUUCAACCUUCUAGCUGUCCCAUCUUUAGGGAGCCUGGGGCCUGUAGCUAAGUCCUACCCUCGUCGCGGGGCUCCCUUCCUCUACAACGGUGGGGGUUCCAUGACUGCAGUAGUAGGGGCUCCACGCCUGCCCUCCAGGGUGAUGGAGCGUUGGCUGUGGGGUCCGCUGCCCUCUGCCCACGACGAGGCCCUCCGCCUGGGGGAACUGCUGGGCUGCCAGCCCCUCACUGGAACACAGGCCACCAAGGACCGUGUGAUAGCAGCCAUGGGCCAGGCAGAGUGUGUUCAUUUUGCUACUCAUGUCUCCUGGAAGCUGGCGGCCCUGGUUCUCUCCCCCAGCCAGGAUCCAGGGAUGGACUCGGGAACACGGCCCAAGGAGAGUGCACCGUGUGGGGGAUCACUUUCAAGCGAGACUGGGGAUGUGGGAGCAAGGACUGAGCAACGGGAGGACGGGAGCGAGGACGGAGGAAGUGUGUGUGAUGCAGAGAGUGUGUGUGACAGUCCACCACUUCAGGAGUUUCUACUCACUGCAGCAGACAUACUGGACCUGAGACUGCCUAUCAAACUGGUGGUGCUGGGGUCGUACCAGGAGUGUGUUAGCAGGGUGACAGCUGACGGGGUGGUGGGUCUGACCCGUGCCUUCCUUGCAGCGGGGGUGCAGUGUGUGUGUGUGUCACUGUGGCCCGUUCCCAUGGCAGCCUCCAAGGUGUUCACACACACCUUCUACACGGCGCUUCUGAAUGGGACCAAGGCCAGUGCAGCUCUCACUGAGGCCAUGAAGACUCUACAGAGCAGCACACACUUCUCACACCCUUCUAACUGGGCGGGCUUCAUGCUGAUUGGCUGUGAUGUGAAGCUGAACAGCCCCUCGUCUCUGAUUGGACAGGCUCUGGCAGAGAUCCUCCAAUACCCUGAGAGGGCUAGAGACUCCCUGAGAGUACUUUUGCACCUGGUUGAGAAGUCUCUCCAGCGUAUACAGAGUGGUCAGAGUAAUGCUAUGUACACCUUGCAGCAGAGUGUGGAGAACAAGGUUGGUGGCGUACCGGGAUGGCAGGCCCUGCUGUCAGCCGUGGGGUUCCGGUUAGAUUGUCCCGGUAACGGCAGUGGUCUCCCCGCUGCUGUCUUCUUCCCUAUGGCCGACCCUGGAGACCGGCUGCAGCUCUGCAGCACCACUCUGCAGUCACUACUAGGUCUGCCUCAUUCAGCAUUCCAGGCCCUCUGUAAACUGGUCAUUGCUGCUGAGACUGGAGAACAGCUAAUCAACAAGGCUGUUAAAAAUAUGGUGGGAAUGCUCCACCAGGUAUUGGUUCAGCAACAGACAUGUGACAAGGAGCAGGACUUCUCGUUGGCUCCCAUCCAGGUAUCCAUUAGUGUCCAGCUGUGGAGACUUCCUGGUUGUCAUGAGUUCCUGGCUGCGCUGGGUUUUGACCUGUGUGAGGCAGGACAGGAGGAGGUGCUAUUGAAGACUGGUAAACAGGCUUGCAGACGGACAAUGCACUUUGCUCUGCAGUCUCUAUUGGCACUGUUUGACUCCACAGAGCUCCCCAGACGCCUCAGCCUGGACAGCUCUUCAUCUCUAGAGUCUCUCUCCUCCUCCCAGUGUGCCUCCGCCCCCCUUAACCUCCCCCAGCCUCCCUUCUCGCCCCCGCUUGGCGGCACAGACAGUCUCUCAUGCGACGCCAUCUCCCUCUACAGCCUCAGCUCCCUCGCCUCCUCUCUCAGCUUCCUGUCCCGCCCUGAACCCGCAGGAAGUGAUGGCAUCAGCCAGCGUUCGCGGCAGCAAGAACUGGAGCGGCACCGCGGAGGAGUAUCUCACCGACACACAGGAGAUGUGUCGAGAAGCAGAUUAACGAAUCACAGAGGAGUAGGCAGAGGGACAGAGGGGGAGGAUAAGUAUGAAGGAUUCUCUAUCAUCAGCAGUGAGCCUCUGGGAGGAGGGGGAGGGGGGGGGAGGGAGUGUGACACCUUACCCUUCCCUGGGGGACACAGACACAUAAGAGGAGCAGGGAGGGGAGGGGCGGCAGGGAGGGGGUACCCCGUCUCGAUCUCCUCCAAGGGGAGUGUCAGCACUCCCACCUCACCGCUCAAAGUCCUCCCCCCGCCCCUGGCCAUACCCCCCAGCCCUAACACACACGUUAAGUCCCAGGGUUCUCAGAGCUUGUCUGAAGGUCAGGUGGUCAGUACAGAGGCGGUCCUCUCGGAGUCUGACCAGUCCAGUACAGAGACAGACAGCACCGUCAAGUCCCAGGAAGACAAGCCACCCUUCACCCCUCUGGACCCCGAGGAGCUGGCCACCAGGAUCCUGGAAGAGACCCAGAGCCACAUGCAAGCUUUGGAGAGCCUCCAGAGGGGGAGGACAGGAAGGGCAGCCAAUGGGGGAGGGGAGAAGGGGCUAAGAGGACAAGAAUGUACACCCUCCUCCACCUUAGCCCCCCUGACCCCCACUGGAGGUGGUUUGGGCUUCCGUUCGUCUGAAUCCAGCGCUUUCAGCAGACCCAGUAGUAGAGCCAGCCUACAGGCCCGGGCUUCACCUCUCUCCCUCUCCAGCCCUCUCUCACCCCUCCCUGCCACUCUCUCACCCAUCUCCACCCCUCUCCUCUCCACCAGGCCCAAACCCCCCUCUCGUUGCUCGUCCUUACAGAAGAUCAGCUCCGGCUACAACAGCCCGGCCCUAUCCUCCCUCUCUUCCUCCCUCUCUUUCUCUCACCCCCACCCCUCACCAUCCAGAACCCCAGACCCCCACAUCCAUGCGCAGCUCAGACUUAAAUACCCCAGCUCCCCUUACACCCCGCACAUCUCACACUCCCCCAAUAGCAUCUCCAUCUCCCCCAGCUCAGGCCACCCUUCUCCAGCCGGCAGCCUCCUGUCCCUGGCCGCCUCCCCAGCCCUCUCCCUGGCCCCCUCCCCAGCCCUCUCCCUGGCCCCCUCCCCUGCCCUCUCCUACUCCUCUACAGGCUCUACCGCGUCCCGCUCCAGCCUGGCUGAAACCCCUGGCCUGCGCCGGUUGAAACAGGCAGGCCUGGUGGACGAGAGGGUCCAGGCCAUCCACAACCUGAAAACCUUCUGGUCCAAUGCCACCCAGAGGCAGGAGGUUCCCGGCCCAGGCAGAGUGCUCCGAGAUGGGGGGAAGAAGAUGAGCACGGUCCAGAAAGAUGUCCUGGGGCUUCUCCACCUCUCUCCAAGACAUGGGUCCAACAACAAGAACCAGGACGCUGAGGGGCCCCAGAGCCCCAUCAACCUGCUUAACAGACAUCGAAUGCUGGGUUCAAAACCACCAGAGGCGCCUCCUCCUCAGACUGCUACUGACUCCUCCAGGGGAGGUAGUCCUGGAGCACCCCCACACCCUGUCAGACUGCCCUCUGGGAAUGGCUUCAAGUUCCCCUCGCCUGGGAAGUUCUUCCCCUCCUCUAAAUGCUGAGAGGGGAUAGAGCAGGGCUCACCAACCCUGUUCCUGGAGAGCUACCCUCCUGUAGGCGUUUAAUGCAACCCCAGUUGUAACUUACCCAAUUCAGCUCAUCAACCAGCUAAUUAUUAGAACAGGACGGUAGCUCUCCAGGAACAGGGUUGGAAAGCCGUGGGUUAGAGACUCUUCAUGGUUAGAUAUGGUUAGAUAUCUGCUCCUGACUCUAAUGCUCUUCUGGUGGGUUUUACUAGCAGGGCUGCGAGCUAUGAAAGGGACUGAACAUUACGUUAGCAAGAAGGUCCACUGGGGACCACCAAAACUGAAGUUCCGAUUUGCACUUUGCGGUGACUGACUGCCCCCUAGUGGGGAGGACAGAUCAGUGCUAGAUCAUAGAGGAGAAGAGUGCAUGCAGUCACUGAAGGACAGAGGGUCAGAUUGGUCUGUAAUAAUAACCCUGGGUUAUGGUGCCUAUGGUUCCUCACUGACAACAGAGCAUGUAGUCCUCAUGUCUCGUUCUACACUGUAAAGACACCUUAUACAGGCAGACUCUGUCUCAGGCUCGGAGACUGUUACGAUGACUGAAAAUACAAAAAUUGUCUUUUUACUUUCUAUCUAAAACAAUAAAAUGUAUGAUUUAUUUGAAUAUAAUUAUUGUUAACUGUUAUUAUAAAGGAUUGUAACUGUUAUAUUGUUAUUUUAUUUUGUAAAUUAAAUCCAGUGUUUUGUCAUCAGUAUUAAAUGUAUUAUAUAUUAAAAGGCAAACAGUACACAAAUAAAAAACAUAUCAUAUUUGUAUUAAAUUGCUGAAAAGACAUGUGAGAAGACCUAUGUAAAUGAAGUGUCAGUCUGAAAGCAUGAACUCUCUUACUAUUGAAACAUGUAUUGUCUUUUUAAACCACUUUUUGCAGAUGCAUCUGUUUUUUCUCAGUAAAUUCUUUUCAAUAAAACAAGUUUUGCUC